GUAUUAAUAUUAAUUAAACCGUUUUGACACGAGUCAUAACGCUGUGAGCGUGUCAGUUUGAAUCAAAUAUUAAAAUACCAAACAUAUAAACUUAAUACCGGAAUUUAAACGCGCUGUAAUAAAGCGUCGGCGGCUCUUUUUUCCGUCCAGAGAAACAUGGCGGCGUCCUUGAGCAGCGCGAGGCUGCUGAGCGCUUUAGUUCGGUCCGGCUCUUUGUGCAGCUCCUCAGGAAGCAGAGCGCUGCACGUCACUGCAGCGUGCUGCAAGAACCGAGCAGCUCGUGCGCGAGUUGGAAAAGGAGACCGACCUUUGACCUACGAGGAAGCACUCCCGCCUCAUCAGAUCGCACACCGCAAAGGAUGGCUGUCGCAGCACACCGGUAACCUGAAAGGCGAGGACGGCGCAGCUGAGCGGACCAUCGAGGACAUUUUCAUCAGACGCUUCAUGUUCGGGACCUUCCACAACUGCCUGGCCAACGAGAUCGUGAUCAAAAGACGCGGAAACGUGAUCGUCGUGUGCGCCCUCAUGCUGCAGAAGUUACUGCCGCAGAAGUUUUACUUCCUGAUUGGCUACUCGGAGACUCUGCUGUCGCACCUGUACAAAUGUCCCGUCAAGUUAGAGGUUCAGACGCUGCCGGAAAAAGCUGUGUACAAGUACCUGUGAUGCAGCUGUAAAGUACUUAUACUGAGUGUUUCUGCUACACAAAUAAUAUAAUACCACCAAGAUGGAUUUUGUUUUUGUAUUAAAUCUUAUUCACGUCUUCAUUCAUGCUUCUUGAAAUUGACUUAUCAUUUUUCAGACUUUUUCAGCGUUAUUGCUUUUGUGCAACAAACUGUAAAAAUUAAAAAGAAUACAAAAA